GCGGCGGGGCCGGAAGUGCCGGAAGGCGACGUGUGCGGAGCGGAGCCGGUGCGGGAUGGAGGGGCUGUACCAGCAAACCAACAAGCAGGUCCAUGAGGUCCAGUCUUACAUGGGGCGCCUGGAGACUUCAGACAAAGAGUCAGUGCACUUGGUAGAAAAUGAGAUUCAGGCAAGAAUAGACAACAUAUUCAGCAACUUGGAACGUCUGGAAAUCCUGUCCAGCAAAGAACCUCCCAACAAGAGGCAGAAUGCCAAACUGCGAGUGGACCAGCUGAAAUACGACGUUCAGCACCUGCAGACAGCCCUGAGGAACUUCCAGCACCGCCGGUACCUGCGGGAGCAGCAGGAGCGGCAGCGCGAGGAGCUGCUGGCCCGCACCUUCACCACCAACGACUCUGACACCACCAUCCCGAUCGACGAAACCUUGCAGUUUAAUGAAUCCCUGCAGAGUGCCCACCGAGGCAUGGAUGAUCUUAUUGGCAGUGGCACCAACAUCCUGCAGGGGCUGAGGGAACAGAGAGUCACAUUAAAGGGCACUCACAAGAAGAUCCUGGACGUUGCCAACAUGCUGGGCCUGUCCAACACGGUGAUGCGGCUGAUCGAGAAGCGCGCCUUCCAGGACAAGUUCCUCAUGCUGGGGGGGAUGGCGGUGACCUGCCUCAUCAUGUUCCUUGUUGUGCAGUACCUGACAUGAGCUGCUGACCUCCUGCAAGAGGAGUGUCUCCAAGACUGACUUUCCUCUGGGUGCUGCUUAGGAUGAGACCUUCCCAUGGACUUCAGAGUUUACAAAUCCCACUCGGACAGUGUCACAUGGAAAGCAC